UGGCCGCGCAGGUGCUGCAGACGCUGGGCACCGAGACGUACCGGCCCAGCUCGGCGUCGCAGUGCGUGGCCGGCAUCGCCUGCGCCGAGAUCCCCAUGAACCAGUGGCCCGAGCUCAUCCCGCAGCUGGUGGCCAACGUCACCAACCAGCACAGCACCGAGCACAUGAAGGAGUCCACGCUCGAGGCCAUCGGCUACAUCUGCCAGGACAUCGAUCCAGAGCAGCUCCAGGACAAAUCCAAUGAAAUCCUGACUGCCAUAAUCCAGGGAAUGAGAAAGGAGGAGCCCAGCAACAAUGUGAAGCUUGCAGCCACCAACGCACUCCUGAACUCUUUGGAAUUCACCAAAGCAAACUUCGACAAAGAGUCUGAAAGGCACUUUAUUAUGCAAGUAGUCUGUGAAGCCACACAGUGUCCAGACACAAGGGUACGAGUGGCUGCCUUACAGAACCUGGUGAAGAUAAUGUCCCUUUAUUAUCAAUACAUGGAGACCUACAUGGGGCCUGCCCUCUUUGCUAUCACGAUCGAGGCCAUGAAGAGCGACAUCGACGAGGUGGCGCUGCAGGGCAUCGAGUUCUGGUCCAACGUGUGCGACGAGGAGAUGGACCUGGCCAUCGAGGCCUCCGAGGCAGCAGAACAAGGACGGCCCCCAGAGCACACCAGCAAGUUCUAUGCCAAGGGGGCACUGCAAUAUUUGGUCCCUAUUCUAACGCAGACCUUAACAAAACAGGACGAGAAUGACGACGACGACGACUGGAACCCCUGCAAGGCAGCAGGGGUGUGCCUGAUGCUGCUGGCCACGUGCUGCGAGGACGACAUCGUCCCCCACGUGCUGCCCUUCAUCAAGGAGCACAUCAAGAACCCCGACUGGAGGUACCGCGACGCGGCCGUCAUGGCCUUCGGCUGCAUCCUGGAGGGGCCGGAGCCCAACCAGCUCAAACCUUUAGUCAUACAGGCCAUGCCAACGUUGAUAGAGCUGAUGAAGGACCCCAGCGUGGUGGUCAGGGACACGACAGCCUGGACCGUGGGCAGGAUCUGCGAGAUGCUGCCCGAGGCCGCCAUCAAUGACAUCUACCUGGCCCCGCUGCUGCAGUGCCUGAUGGAGGGGCUGAGCGCCGAGCCCAGGGUGGCCACCAACGUCUGCUGGGCCUUCUCCAGCCUUGCUGAAGCUGCCUAUGAAGCUGCAGAUGUGGCUGAUGAUCAGGAAGAACCAGCAACCUACUGCUUAUCCUCCUCCUUUGAGCUGAUAGUGCAGAAACUGCUGGAGACUGCAGACAGACCUGAUGGACACCAGAAUAACUUGAGGAGUUCUGCCUAUGAAUCCCUGAUGGAAAUAGUGAAAAACAGUGCCAAGGACUGUUAUCCUGCUGUCCAAAAAACCACCCUGGUCAUCAUGGAGAGGCUGCAGCAAGUGCUGCAGAUGGAGUCUCACAUCCAGAGCACCUCCGACAGAAUCCAGUUCAACGACCUCCAGUCCCUUCUCUGUGCUACUCUCCAGAACGUGCUGCGGAAGGUGCAGCACCAGGAUGCGCUGCAGAUCUCGGACGUGGUGAUGGCGUCGCUGCUCAGAAUGUUCCAGAGCACGGCCGGCUCCGGGGGGGUGCAGGAGGACGCCCUGAUGGCCGUCAGCACCCUGGUGGAAGUCCUGGGUGGAGAAUUCCUGAAGUACAUGGAUGCCUUCAAACCUUUCCUUGGGAUUGGGCUGAAAAACUACGCUGAGUACCAGGUCUGCCUGUCAGCAGUGGGGCUGGUGGGGGACCUGUGCCGAGCCCUGCAGUCCAACAUCCUCCCCUUCUGCGACGAGGUGAUGCAGCUGCUCCUGGAGAACCUGGGGAAUGAGAACGUGCACAGGUCGGUGAAGCCGCAGAUCCUCUCGGUGUUCGGGGACAUCGCCCUGGCCAUCGGGGGCGAGUUCAAGAAGUACCUGGACGUGGUGCUCAACACCCUCCAGCAGGCAUCCCAGGCCCAGGUGGACAAGUCCGACUACGACAUGGUGGAUUACCUGAACGAGCUGCGGGAGGGCUGCCUGGAGGCCUACACUGGCAUCAUCCAGGGCCUCAAGGGAGACCAGGAGAACGUGCACCCUGACGUGAUGCUGGUGCAGCCCAGGGUGGAGUUUAUCCUGUCCUACAUCGACCACAUCGCGGGGGACGAGGAUCACACGGACGGGGUGGUGGCCUGCGCCGCCGGCCUCAUAGGGGAUUUGUGUACAGCUUUUGGGAAGGAUGUUCUGAAAUUAGUAGAAGCCAGACCCAUGAUCCACGAACUGCUAACGGAAGGGAGGAGGUCCAAGACGAACAAAACGAAAACCCUCGCCACCUGGGCCACGAAAGAGCUGAGGAAGCUCAAGAACCAAGCUUGGUGA